AUGACGCCAAAGAUGCUGGGGAUAUCAGAAGACUGGUUAAGAUCAAAAGAAUUCCCGGAGGCCAGGUACAUCCACGGGGUCGUAUUCACGAAGAAUAUUGCGCACCGAAAAAUGAAGUCAGAGUGUUCUGUUCCCAAAGUCUUAACGAUUGGCAUGCCUAUAGAGUUUCAAAGGGUUGAUGGCUACUGCAAGUUGGAUGUAUUGGUUUCUCAAGAGCGACAAUAUCUUAAAGGACUUGUUCAUCGACUCAUAUCGCUGGAACCAGACUUAGUACUAGUGGAUGGUAACGUCUCGGGAGUAGCGAUCGAUUAUUUCGUUGAAGCAGGGGUGACUGUCCUCAGGCACGUCAAAUCAACGGUCCUGCAGGCAGCCGCUCGUUCAAACAAGACUCCAUUGAUAUCAUCUCUCGACAAACUCUUAAAUUUGCAAGUUGGUCAAUGCGAUCUGUUUUGCGUUCAAACUGUCCAUCACCGCAUGAUACCCAAUCAUCACAAGAAGACUUUUAUACGCUUGGAGGGUUGUGAACCCUCUCUUGGGGGAACUCUGAUUCUGAGAGGAGGUGAUUUGGCACUGCUUACUAAGGUGAAAUCUCUUAUGUGCUCCAUGGUGGGAAUCAUCUACUCACUGCGAUUAGAAGACUCAUUUUUAAAUGACGAGGGCGCGAUCUAUUCAAAUGAUUCCACUCACGAGACAUUACUACAUCAAAUCAGAGCUAUUGAUCUCCGAACCGUCCUUUCCCGCUUUCGCCAUGCAAAGAAGCACAUUUGUAACUUCGAGCCUUUGAAGCUGCCUGGAAAACCUGGUGGAGCCAUCCCGCAUUCCGAUUUGAUCACAUUGUCUAUACUUCAUAUCAAUAAAGUUCUCUCUCCUCCCAAGGAGGAGAGAGACAGGGCGCUUACGUGA